AUGUCCGAUUUAUCGUUUGAUAUUUACGAAAACAUUACAAGUAUGGACCAAAACAUUACGCAUUACCCGCCGGAGGCCACGGUGCUGGCUGCAGCCUGUGCCUGCAUCUUUAGUGUCGUCGGAGUCGUCGGCAACCUAGUAACGACAGUGGCGCUGCUGAUGCACCCAAAGUUACGCGGCCACGUGACCACGAUGUUCGUCCUCUCACUCUGCGUGUCGGACCUCCUCUUCUGUUCCAUCAACCUGCCGCUUACCGCCAACCGGUACAUCAAACAGAACUGGAGCCUGGGACCCAGUCUCUGUCAGAUGUUCGCCUUCGUCUUCUACGGGAACGAGGCAGUCUCUCUCCUCUCCAUGGUUGCUAUUACUAUAAAUAGAUACACUUUGAUCGCGUACUACGACAUGUACUCGCAAAUAUACACGACUACUAAGAUCUGGGUACAGCUGCUGCUCAUAUGGCUCGUGUCUUUCGGAUUGAUGGUACCACCUCUCCUCGGCGUUUGGGGUCAACUAGGGCUGGACCCCAGCACAUUCUCGUGCACGAUCCUCCCCAAAGACGGCAAGUCUCCGAAGAAGUAUCUCUUCGUGUUCGGUUUCGCGCUCCCUUGCGUGGUGAUCAUCGUGUCGUACUCCUGCAUCUACUGGCGGGUGCGGCAGAGCAAGCGCAAGCUGGAGGGACGCAGGUGUGUAUGUGGUAAACUCUCCGGACAAACAGCCAAAGAGAAAGAAGAGGACUCCCGGCUGACGACGCUGAUGCUGACCAUCUUUCUGUGCUUCCUGGCGUGCUUCCUGCCACUAAUGAUCAUGAACGUGGCGGACGACGGCAUCACGUACCCCUGGCUGCACAUCAUCGCCUCGAUUCUCGCCUGGGCGUCCAGCGUCAUCAACCCUCUCAUCUACGCAGCCACCAACAGACAGUACCGCGCAGCUUACGCCAAUCUACUAAAAUUUUGCAAAAACAGCACCGUCAACAGGCGGACGACGUGGGGCAGCAGGACGAUGGCCAACUCAUCCAACUCACCACAUUACGCAGACAAACGUAACCACAUGAAAGAUAAACCCGCCAACUUAUGA